CCGUCUCCGUCCGUGCCACGACUCCGCUCUUUUCGGUCCAUCUUGUGAAGCGGCGAACAGGCACCGCGUCCCCAGCAGGGCCCUACAGACGGCAGCGCGCGUCUCCUGCGCUCGUUCACAAACCGGGUAGGAGGGUAGACGGAGCUGCGCAGGGGAGGGCGGGCUCUGGAGUUGUGUCUGCGCAGACAGAGGAGCUCAGCGAAGCACCUUAGGAGCUUUCAGACUUUUGCAACAGCAGUAACAACAACAUCACCAGGGAGCGGAGCAGAGCAGCGCAGUUCUCCGAAAAUACUCCGCUACUCGGGGGGAAUUGAUCGUCUUCACCUCUUUCAGACGGAGUCGCUCACUUUGCUCGGCCAAAUCUCCUCCAUAUGUAGUUACAGCAGCAGCAGCAGAGCAGAGCGAGCUUGUGGGGAGCUUGUGAAGGAGAAAUCCACCGUGCCCUUUAAAGAGACUCUGGCAUCCAGUGUGUGAACCAGAUUAAGAGAUCUCGCGAGAGCGGCGGCGUGGCUGGCUGGCUGGCAGGAAGGUUGCAGCAGACGGAGGGAGAAGGCAGGCAGCAUCAUGGCGGACAGAGACAGUGGAAGUGAGCAGGGAGGAGCGCCCACGGGCCCUGGUGUGGGCCUGCACGCGGUGGCCGGAGGGGCGGGCUCGGCUUCCGGCCUGCAGCACGACACGCAGGAGCUGGCGUCCAAGCGCGUGGACAUCCAGAACAAGCGCUUCUACCUGGACGUGAAGCAGAACGCGAAAGGCCGCUUCCUGAAGAUCGCCGAAGUCGGGGCCGGCGGCAACAAGAGCCGCCUGACGCUCUCCAUGUCCGUGGCGGUGGAGUUCCGCGACUACCUUGGGGACUUCAUCGAGCAUUACGCGCAGCUGGGGCCCAGCAACCCGGACGCGGCGCAGGACGAGCCGCGGCGGGCGCUGAAGAGCGAGUUUCUGGUGCGCGAGAAUCGGAAAUACUACAUGGAUCUGAAGGAGAACCAGCGCGGCCGCUUCUUGCGGAUCCGGCAGACGGUCAACCGGGGGCCCGGCUUGGGCUCCGCGCAGGGCCAGACCAUCGCCCUCCCGGCGCAGGGGCUCAUCGAGUUCCGCGACGCGCUCGCCAAGCUCAUCGACGACUACGGCGUGGAGGACGAGCCCGCCGAGCUGCCGGAGGGCACCUCAUUGACAGUGGACAACAAGCGCUUCUUUUUCGACGUGGGCUCCAACAAGUACGGCGUGUUCAUGCGGGUAAGCGAGGUGAAGCCCACGUACCGCAACUCUAUCACAGUGCCCUACAAAGUGUGGGCCAAAUUCGGCAGCACGUUCUGUAAAUACGCGGAGGAGAUGAAAAAGAUCCAAGACAAACAGCGGGAGAGGAGGGCGUGCGAGCAGCAACAGCAGCAGCCCGGGGAGAUGCAUGCUGACGAUGGGGAUGAGGAUUGAUAAUUAGUGGGGAAAUUAAUUGUUUGGGUGCGCGUGUUUAUGUAUGUAUGUAUGUAUGUAUGUAUGAAUGAGUGUAUAAGAGAGCGUGUUUGGUGGGGUGGGUAAACAUGCAAAAAAAGAAAUAAUCAAAAUAACAGAAGUUAUAAGUAAAAGAAAAACUGUAAAAAGACAAAAACACAGAAGAGAGAGAGAGAAAGUGUGAGAGAAAGCGCACGCGCGCGCUCGCUUCAGGACGAAACAGAAAAGAUACAUAAAGAUUUAACUAUAACUGUUUAACUCCAAGGGAGCACUACCCACAGAAACACAAACCUCCACAAACUGACAGUCUCAACUCGUCACCCAUCGCUGGAUGUUCGUUCUCCACUUACCCACCAUUAAUACAGUAAUCGGCUGCUAAACCAAGUAAUAACAUUAUAUAUGAACUGUGUUUCCUACUUGAUUACAGAUAAAAACGAACUGAGUGUUUAUUUCCCUCAUUAACCAAGAACUUUUGUACACGUUGAAGAUAUUAUAAAGACAAAACAAAGUGUUUGCAAUGUCCCGAGCGGAAUCGUUGCAGAGGUCUGAGAUAUAUAUAAAAAACAGUCCUUUACAUGUAAGCUAAUAACUUCAGCACAAAUCAGAUGUUUUAGGAGUUCUCAACUUUUUUUUUGGUUAUUUUUUUUUAUUUUUUUAACCAAAAUUAGAAAAAUCCUCUGAAGAUGUUGUCAUGGUAACCAUGCCACUCACAUAUGACAAGCAUCACCUGAGGGCUAGCCAGGAAUCUUGUUGUUAAAAAUGUCAGAAUGUCAAUCAGCGUGGAAAGAAGCAGCAUGAAGGUUGAGGAGGUUAACCUGUGCAGGGUUGCGAAGUUGCAAGGUUUACUUCAGAUUUACUGGAAAAGCUAUUAAACUGGUUGAUGGUUCAUGACAUAGAGACCUCUAUAGAGAACGCCCCACGGCGUAAUAUCAGUGUAUUUUUAUCCAUUGAAAAUAACUGUCAUGCAGAUGAGUAUGCUUUGUAUUUGUGUCUUGUUGUCAUGCAAAAAAAGUGUAUAAAUCAAAAGUAUACAAAGGUACUUUUAACAAAGAAGAGCAGUGACAACGGAAAGAGUACUUUAUGAAAUGGUUUUGUAACUAAAAAAACCUUUUCGUCCCUAAACUACCAGGCCCCUGGACAAAUGUGCAAAAGGAUCGAUGUAGAAAAAAAAUUCUCUAUAAAUAUAUAUAUAUACAAAGUAUGAUUUUGUGAAUCAGCUGUAUUUCAGUGCUUACGGAGGAGAAAAUACCCCGCGUUUUCAGUGGGGUGGAAUUUAAAGAACAAUCUAUAGAAGGAUUUAAACGUUCUAUCAGUCUACCAAUGAGAGUAUGAGUGGCGCCAAGGAAUGCUGUUGUUGCAUGUUAACCUGUACACAGCUACAUUGAGGUGGAUUUCUCAGUGUGCGUCCUCAAGGACCUUCUGUUCAGCGGUUUCAUAGACAAUGUCCUGUCUACAGUGUUUGGUCAUGUAGUUGAAUCGGAUCUAAUUUCGAGAAGUGUGUUCUGUUGCACGUCUGCAUACAUUAUCAACUCCUUGACUGUUUGAUCAGACAUGAACGACAGGUCUGUCCCAAUGAAAUCCCUCUCUCUCAGGGGUCCUUCAGGACCUGUGUUGGGAGAGCCCUAGCCAGGUGCAUGCAAGUUGACGGCGUAGCAUGACAACAGUGGUGCAUCCUUCUGGUUGUGAGCAGCAGUGUUUGUGGAUAUUGAUGAUUUGCAGAUUUCUACCAAUGAAGCAUGUACUUACUGGGGAAUAAACAAUCCCUGAUCCUUUUGGAUGUUCAUAAAUUUGUAAAUCUAAUUUGAUUGAUUUGACUGAAUUGGUUAUUCUGUCAUAGAUGAGUCUAGUUGUGUUGACUUGAAAGUCGUCAAAGAGACUGGAUCUUCCAAAAAAAAAACCCUUUAAGUGCAAGGAUCAUGGUUAUAAAUGGUAGGCAGGCAUCAUAUAAAAUACUCUUUCUAUCAUUGAUAAUCUUUGUAAUCAUAUGGCUAGGGAACUUUUGGGAAAGUUGGCCCUUUUUGAAAAAACUAUUUCUUUAUUAACCUGUAGGUACUCACUGGUGAUAUCCUGCACAAGUAAAAAUAACUUGUGGCCACGCUUUUUUAAGCCAUGGAGAUAAUUAACUAAUUAAUUAAGUCGUGGCCAUGACUUAGUAAGGCAGUGUUACAAAAUCAACUUCAAAUUCAUUAUCUUGUUUGUUCCCAUGCCUUACUAAGAUGUGGCCGCUCCUUCCUCUUACUAUAUAUUAUGGCUACGACUAAGUAUUUUUAUUUAUGCAUUAUGUCACCAGCACGGUACUGUUUACCCAUCAACUUCUGAGAGCUCUAUUUGUGAGCUGUAAUGACCCGCAGAUGCUUCAUUUUAAAGUGGACCAUGGCUCAACUAGAGAAGGAUGCACAACAGUUGUGAAGCUUGGCCGUCGGCCCCCGUGCACACGGCCAGGAGAGCCCGACUUUAAUGUUACUUGUUGGGGAGCAUACUCUUCAGCAUUUGAACAGCCUGGUGCCUUACACUCCAUAUGCUUACACGCUGGCUGGUGCUUUGGAUCUAAGUUUGGGUUUCUUGUCUUUUCUUCUACCUGUUUAUUUGAGGAUCUGUUUGGCAUGGCUCCUUCACGUGCUUUUUGCAUUAUUAGGUCUGGGUUUUGAUGGACUUGGCUUGGUGUCCUGAAGAAAGGAAGGAGAUCACAGAUUGCAGUCACAGAAUUUGUACUUGACCCCUCGCCCUUACCCUGACACUUUCGGCUCAUCUCACCUUUUCCCCAGCCAUUGUCCCCAAAAUGCAUCCAGGCAUCAGCCCACAUGUAAACACAGAGAGGGGUUGGUAGCCGUGACAAUGCACAAGAGCCUUCCCACUGUUCCUCACAUGUCAGGCCUUGGCCAGCAUCCGGAAGGUCGAGGGGUGAUUGGUUGUGGACCGGGUUUGGCUCUGGGUGCCCAAUUUCGUCCCAUUUUGAGGUUGUCGGCUCAAAGCUCCAGAGCUUGGCAGUAAUGUGUCAUUUGUCAGUGGCUGAAUUCCUCGUUUACAGGGUAUGGGCAGCAUGACCUGUUUUUAUUUUUUCCUUUUCUUUUCCCCCUCUCUCACUCUUUUUAACUGUCAAGUCUUUGACUCACAAAGUUUCUUUGUUUCUUUUGUUUUAUUUGAUUUCUAUUGCUAUAUUUCAUUACUGUGUGCAAUAUCGAACGUGCCAAUGCGGCAUUAUAUGUAUAUCAAUUAAAUAUAAGGGUUAAUAUUAGAAAGCAUGUGGCUGAAUUCCACAUAUAUAGGUUUUAAAAGCCUUUAUCAGCACUUACAAAAAAAUAAAGAAGUCUGAGUCUAGAAGAGAAGAAACCAGGCUUAUUGAGCUUCACCUAACCUGGCAGAGGCAAUGUAACCCAGUUAAGCUAGCCACUCUGCACUUUUACACUGAUCAUCCAUGUACUCCAUGUACCCCGUACUGUCUCCAUCUCUCUCUAAAUGGACGGAGAUGACGGGAGAUAGGGAAGGGGCGGGAUGUUCAAUUUAGCUAUUAAAGUGGUCUUUGUCUUUGGGUCUUGGGGUAGGGACAUUAAGCAUGUAUUUGUGGUCCCUGAUUGGCUCCCUAAUCAGUACUUGGGAAGGCUCAGAUGAAGGUGUCUGGUGAACUCUUCUGUCUUCAGUGGUUGAUGUCAGUAGCACAUUGCUUUCCCAGCUGGAAAAAAAUGUCUGACCAGUCUUUGUUUGAAAAACGAUCUCAACAAGGAAUGUCUUGUGCAAUUUUUUCUUUUAUCUCUUUAUGUUCCUUCCCUUUGCAAGAAGGAUUACUGAUUAACACGUUCAGUGGUGAUGCGUCAAAUAUAAUUUAUGUACAUUUUACAAAUUUUAAAAUAAAAGAAAUGUUAAUUUACCCACAUCUCACUAAAAAGAGUUUAAUUUUCAAUA